CGCGUCACCCACGACUUCUUCGCCACCCACCACUAACUCUACUCUCUACUCUCUACUCUCUACUGCUAUCAUUCAUCCAUUUUUAUUUAUUUUUUUUGCUUAAUCAUUCAUCAUAAUUAUUGUCUUCUUUGCGGGACCUCCAAGGAUUUUUUUGAUUUCUUCUGUAUUUGAGUAUUUCCAGCUAAUUUCUUGGAAAUGAAGCGUUUGUUCUUUGCUGUAAAAGGUAUAUUAUAGACUGGAGUUUCGAGGAGUAGUUUAAUUCCAGUUUUUGAAAAUCCGGCGAGAGAGAGAGAGAGAGGAGAAGAUGGCGGAGAAAUUAGGGGAAGAGAUUGUGUAUUUGCAUGGAGAUUUGGAGCUACGCAUCAUUGAGGCGCGUAAGUUGCCCAAUAUGGACUUGACAUCGGAGCGUCUCCGCCGCUGCUUCACUUGCGACGCGUGCCGGAGGCCGGCCGACGAGUUUAACGGCGAGGAGGAGCCGGCGGAGGAGGAGGUGAAGACGUACCGGCGGGGAAUCAUAACUAGUGACCCGUAUGUUACGGUGUCGGCGCCGCAGACUACACUGGCUCGGACUCGGGUCAUACCCAACUCGCAGAACCCGAUGUGGGACGAGAAAUUCGAUAUUGCGUUGGCGCAUCCCAUGGCCAAUUUGGAGUUCCGCGUUAAGGAUAACGACGUUUUCGGGGCUCAGGUUAUGGGCAAAGUGUUAAUUCCGGCGAAGAGGAUUGCUUCCGGGGAAGAAAUCUCCGGGUGGUUCCCGGUGAUUGGGUCCUCCGGGAAGCCUCCCAAGCCUGACACGGCUCUCAGAAUUGAAAUCAGCUUCACUCCCUUCGAAUCUAGUCACUACUAUAAGCACGGUAUUGCUGGUGAUCCUCAGCAUUUAGGCGUAAGGCGCACGUAUUUCCCACUGAGAAAAGGGAGCUCAGUGCAGCUAUACCAAGAUGCUCAUAUUAGCCAUGAUGUGAAAUUCCCCCCUAUUGAAUUGGAUGAGGGGAAAAUGUAUAAGCAGGGCACUUGCUGGGAAGAUAUUUGCUAUGCAAUUUCAGAGGCUCAUCACUUGAUAUACAUUGUUGGCUGGUCUGUUUUCCACAAGAUUAAACUGGUAAGAGAGCCUACAAGGGAAUUGCCGCGUGGUGGGGAUUUGACUCUUGGUGAAUUGCUCAAGUACAAGUCCGAGGAAGGGGUUCGAGUCUUGUUAUUACCAUGGGAUGACAAAACUUCUCAUGACAAAUUCUUCAUUAAUACGCCAGGACUAAUGGCAACCCAUGAUGAGGAGACCAAGAAGUUUUUCAAACGCUCAUCUGUGAUUUGUGUUCUGUCACCGCGCUACCCAAGCAGUAAGCUUAGCUAUAUGAAACAGCAUGUUGUUGGAAGCAUGUUUACCCACCACCAGAAGUGUGUACUUGUGGACACACAGGCUUCUGGUAACAAUCGAAAAAUUACAGCUUUCUUGGGCGGUCUUGAUCUCUGUGAUGGUCGUUAUGACACACCUGAACAUCGUUUGUUUCGUGAUCUUGAUACUGUAUAUAAGGAUGAUUUUCAUCAGCCUAAUUAUCCUCCAGGGACCAAAGCUCCAAGAGAGCCAUGGCAUGACUUACACUGCAGAAUUGAUGGGCCUGCUGCAUAUGAUGUGCUUAUAAACUUUGCCCAACGUUGGAGGAGAGCAACAAAGUGGAAAGAAUUUGCACUACUAAAGAAAAAGAUAUCACAGUGGCAUGAUGAUGCAAUGCUAAAGAUAGAACGUAUAUCGUGGAUACUUAGCCCUGCUUUUACUAUUUCAAAUGAAGAUACAUCUAUUCCUGAAGAUGAUCCCAAACUCUAUGUAUCUAAGGAGGGACAGCCAGAGAAUUGGCAUGUACAGAUAUUCCGUUCCAUUGAUUCAGGUUCUGUGAAGGGUUUCCCCAAAAAGGUUGAGAUUGCAUCAGCGCAGAAUCUCUUCUGCGGGAAAAAUUUGGUUGUAGACAGAAGCAUUGAAAGAGCAUAUAUCGAUGCAAUAAGGUCGGCUAAACAUUUCAUAUAUAUUGAAAACCAGUAUUUUCUCGGGUCAUCAUAUGCUUGGCCAUCAUACAAAGAUGCAGGAGCGGAUCAUCUGAUCCCAAUGGAGUUGGCACUAAAAGUUGUUAGUAAAAUUAGAGCCAAGGAACAAUUUGCUGUAUAUGUAGUUAUGCCAAUGUGGCCUGAAGGGGACCCCAAGUCAGCUACCAUGCAAGAAAUUCUCUAUUGGCAGAGCCAAACAAUGCAGAUGAUGUAUCAAGUCAUUGCACAGGAGAUAAAAUCUAUGCAACUUGAUGCACAUCCUUCAGACUACUUGAAUUUCUAUUGCCUUGGCAACCGGGAAGAAGUUCCAAGUUCAGUGGCUGAGUUCUUUAGUGCCACAGAUAAGGUUACAGACUCAUUUAAGUUUCAGCGCUUCAUGAUAUAUGUGCAUGCCAAAGGAAUGAUAGUGGAUGAUGAGUAUGUGAUUAUAGGAUCUGCAAAUAUAAACCAGCGAUCUAUGGCUGGCUCAAAGGACACUGAGAUAGCUAUGGGUGCCUACCAGCCUCAUCAUACUUGGGCAACAAAGCAGGGGCAUCCUCGGGGACAGAUCUAUGGAUACCGGAUGUCAUUGUGGGCAGAACACCUGGGAACGAUUGAAAAAUGUUUUAACGAGCCAGGAAAACUAAAGUGUGUGAAGAAAGUGAACGAGGUUGCUCAAGAAAACUGGAGAAAAUACACAGACGAGAAUUUCAAUCGCUUGCAGGGCCAUCUUCUGAAGUAUCCUUUAGAGGUGAAAGAAGACGGUACAGUAUGCCCCUUACCUGGGAAUGAAAAUUUCCCGGAUAUUGGGGGCAAAGUCAUUGGAACUCCCUCGGCUGCACUUCCUGAUGUUCUUACAACAUAGUUGUUGAUAACCAUUAGUGGAUUACAUCUACUUUUGUUUUGUUUUCCUGAGUUGGAUGGAAAUUCAGCCAUGGACCAUAGAUUGUUAGAACUGAAUUCUUUUGAUGGAUGCUGUUCUUGAUGUGUUGAUGUGAGAAGUUCCUUCUGUUUAUACCAUUUCUAUUUACCCUUA